UCGCGUCCGCAGUCUCCCUCCGGACGCGAAGGCGAGAGGACACGUGGCUCCCUUAUCGCCGGCGUCGCCUUAUCUCCUGGAGGAGGAAGAAGGGGCUCUGAGUAUUCGUUACCAUCGGGCGUAUAUUAAUCGGGAAAUAUAAUGAUGGCGGCGGUUGAACCCAUUGCUAUUGAUGGAAGCUUUUUGGAGGGGGGUGGCCAGAUUCUGCGUAUGGGUCUGGCACUCAGCUCUGUGCGAAAGCUCCCUAUCACAGUCACAAAGAUCCGGGCAGGAAGGCCUAAUCCUGGUUUGCGGCCGCAGCACUUAACAGGGUUACAGCUGGUGAGGGACACGAGCAAUGGCCGCCUGGAAGGAGGGGAGAUCGGGUCGAUGGAGAUCAGCUUUUACCCAGGUCAUAUUUCUGGCGGCAAAUACGUAGCCGAUACUCAGACUGCUGGGAGUGUGAGUCUCUUAAUACAAGCAGCCUUGCCGUGUGCACUGUACGCCAGCAGCCCAACCUACCUGACCUUGUCUGGUGGAACGAACGCAGAAAUGGCGCCACAAGUUGACUACACUAUACAUGUCUUCAGAAAAGUUAGUGCCUGGUUUGGUGCAGACUUCCGGCUCUUCCUCAAUAGAAGGGGAUUCUAUCCUCAAGGACGAGGGGAGGUAUCCCUAGAAGUGAAGCCAGCACGGCAAGGUCUGAUUGCUGCAGAUUUCACUGACUUUGGGGAAGUCGUAUCUGUCUAUGGCAAGGCUUAUGUGGCAGGAGUUCUCCCUAUACGAGUCGCACACAAAAUGGCAGAUGCCGCGGAAAACCUUCUGUAUCAGAAUCUCCCUCAAGGCGUUAAAAUUCGCGUUGACCGAAUCCAAGAACAUCCAGAGACAGCGGUCGGAAGUGGCUCUGGCAUUGUCUUGUGGGCUGAGACUACCAGCGGUUGCAUCCUUGGUGGUUCCAGUCUAGGGAAGAAGGGCAAACCUGCGGAACAGGAUGGGGAGAAUGCGGCCAAAGAGAUCUUAGAUUGCAUCAAAAGGAAGGCGUGUUUGGAUAGUCAUUCUCAGGAUCAGGUUAUACUGUUCAUGGCUUUAGCGAAGGGCAAAUCCAUUAUACGCACUGGACCCAUAACAGACCACACCAAGACAGCUAUACAUGUUGCAGAGUUAAUGACAAAGGUGAAGUUUACCAUCACAGAAGAUAAGGAGAGUGACUGCAUAUUUAUAGAAUGUGAUGGAUUAGGCUUAACUCCUAAGGAUAGAAAGUAAAUUGUCUAGGUUUACAUUACUAGCACCUACUGGAUGAAUUAAUUUUUGUUUAUUUAAUCUAGUCCAAAGAGCAUUAUUUUUCCCCUUCUAAUUGACACUCUUGUGAAGAUUUUUUUAAUAGUAAUCUGCCUACUGUAUCUGAAGACUGAUAUAUAAUCAAUGUAUCCCAGUAUCCCAGCCUCCAAGUACACACUUUAUGCAUAAUGGGAAAGCCAUACAGUGAACCCCAAGAAGACAUCCCUCUGGUUAUGGAAUCUCAGAAUAUAAACCCUUUGUCUCUCUCUAGCAGUCAAAAUAUUCACCCCUCACCCCCAGUUGUGUUGUGUAACACAUUCUGUAAGCUUUUUAUUUUAUCUAUCUAUAUUUUUUUGUUUGCUUUUACUGAAAUUGCUUGUAAUUUCCCAAAGGCAUUGUGUGCUUCACAGGAAGCACUACUCUAUGGCUUAAUACCCUCUGGCAGUCACCUUAUAUUAUCUAUCCACUUGUGUUGGUAUUCCCUUGCUUCUCAAAUACAGUAUUAUGUGCUUCUUAUCCUGACACUCUAAAAGGCCAAACAUACUGUAUAUAUGUUAGCAUGCUGGCUGUGAAAAACGUAUAUGAGCUUACCUGUUUACAUGAAAUAUGAAUAUGGUAGAUAAUUGACAAAAUCUACAUUUGCAGUUUAACAAUGAAAAGUUUUGCUCACAUUUUAUCUAUUAUUUUACUUUUGUAUUGUUAUGCACAUAUAUAUUAUGUGUUUUUUGCAUUACUGAUUUAUACAAUUGACUGUUGACUAAUGAAUUUGAAAUUUAUUCAUGUACUAUGUUAAAUUACAUGUUUAAUGCAUCCAUA